AUGGCGAUGAAGUCCGUCUGUCUCAUGAUCUCUCAGAAGAAUAAUGUGCCUAAUAUUGUUGUUCUGGGAUCAGGCGGAGGCCUGCGUGCCAUGAUAGCUCUGCUGGGAACCUUGGUUGAGCUGAAGAAACAGAAUUUCUUGGAUGCUGUCAUGUAUCUGUGUGGGGUGUCGGGAUCCACUUGGUGCAUGUCCCUCCUGUAUGGAGAUGGAAAAUGGUCAGAAAAUUUGAUGUCCUUGGAAAAGAAACUGUGUGAAAACCUCAGUAAUUUCUCCUGGCAUAUUAGAAAGGCAAUAAAAUUCUUAGAGGAGUCAUCAAAAGAUGAACAUUACUCACUCACUGACUUCUGGGCCUCCUGUCUUGUAUACCAAAUACUGCAGCAGUUUGAUGAGAAUGAGCUGGCUGACCACAAGGAGGCCUCAGAGAAUGGAAUAAACCCUUACCCGAUUUAUGCAGCAGUGGAUAAGGAAAAACUGAGUGAAGACGACAGAAACUUUCCAGGGACCUGGUUUGAAUUCACUCCACAUGAGGUUGGAUAUACUGCCUUGGGUGCUUUUGUCAGUACCAAACACUUUGGAAGUGAAUUUGAGAAGGGUAAGCUGAAGAAAAAGAAGAAGAAGAAACACAUUUGUUACAUGCAAGGCUUAUGGGGGAGUGCUCUUGGAAGCAUGGAAGAAAAUCUGAAGUUUAUACGAGCUAACAUUCAGCCCUCUUACCUGGUCAAAACCAAAAUCAUCUCUUUGAUUGAUGCUGGCCUGGCAAUAAAUUCCGCCUAUCCUCUGGUCCUUCGAGCAGAGCGGCGAACAGACCUGAUCAUUUCCUUUGAUUUCAGCUCUGGAGAUCCUUUUGAGACUAUCAAGAAAACAGCUACAUACUGCCAGAAAAACAGUAUCCCAUUUCCCAAGAUAGAGGAUCAGGAAAUGGAUGAGAACAACCCUUCUGAUUGCUAUAUCUUCCGAGGAGACAAGUCAUGCCCUACAGUCAUGCACUUUCCGCUCUUCAACAACAUGAAUUGUUCUGAUAAAAUAGAAGAAUACAGAGAACGGUUUCCCACCUUUUGCAUGUCCUUCUGCAAGGGAAACAUCGAAGAUCUCCUUGAGAAAGCAGGGCUGAAUGUAUCCAACAAUAGUGGGAAGAUUCUGCAAGAGAUAAAACGGCUUGGGUCUUCCUCUCAUACAAAGCAGUUCUGA